UUAGGAAAUUAAAUAUAUUCUUUCAAUUUGAAAAAAUGUCUUACUCAAACUUUACCAAUGAAUGUGCGCGUUCAGUUCUAGAAGACAUCAUUAGCGCCAUUAAUUCCUCUGAAAAUUUAUGUAAAAUCAGUGCGGCUAAAGAAAGCGCUGGUAGUGAAAUGUUAAAAAUGAUGCAGUUAAUAUUUCCUCUCAUAAUGCAAAUAGAAAUGGAAGUAUUGAAGGAUUAUGGGUUUCCCGAAGGACGAGAAGGAAUUGUUCAAUUCUCACAAAUGUUACAAAAAUUUGCACGUCAUGAUCCUGAAAUUGCUCGAUUGCAUCAACAAAUUCAGUCUCAUUACAUGUCAACAUUACCUAUAAACAGGGAUCUUGAUAAUGCUUUGUAAAUGUGCAUAUUUUAUAAUUUAAAGUGUUGAACCCUCUCUUGAUAUAAGGCAAUAAGUAAAUAAUGAACAAUUGAGAAAAUGUUUCUAAAACCAUUGUAGCUGCUUGACAUUCCAUGAAAUUUUUAUAGAAUGAAAUAUUUAGUUUUCUCAUCUGAAUUCUUAUGUUAAAAUAUUAAUUCCUCCGAUUUUUGUG